UUCUUCAACUCUCACAACUAAUCUCUCUCUUUUUCAAUUUCACCUAAGAAUCCUUCGGAUUGAACGGAAAAAUGCUGCGCCGUCUCGCCGCCCAACGCUUUGUCGAGCUUCGUCAAGCUUUCCCUCAGCCACAGGCAUCGCGAUCGUUCUCGACUGCGCUUAACUAUCAUCUUGAUAGUCCGGAUAAUAAUCCAGACCUUCCGUGGGAAUUCUCGGAAAAGAACAAGGAAAAGGUUAAGGAGAUAUUGUCCCACUAUCCUUCAAAUUAUAAACAAUCUGCUGUCAUUCCCUUGCUUGAUCUUGCACAACAGCAACAUGGAGGUUGGCUCUCGGUUUCAGCAAUGAAUCAUGUUGCUAAAGUCAUUGAAGUUCCUCCAAUUCGUGUGUAUGAGGUUGCAACAUUCUAUUCAAUGUUCAACAGAACAAAGGUUGGAAAAUACCACCUAUUGGUAUGUGGCACUACACCUUGCAUGAUUCGUGGUUCUAGAGAAAUUGAAUCAGCACUAUUGAGUCACCUAGGAGUGAAGCGCAAUGAAGUAACUAAGGAUGGACUUUUUUCUGUUGGAGAAAUGGAAUGUAUGGGAUCUUGUGUGAAUGCUCCAAUGAUCACAGUUGCUGACUACUCCAACGGAUCCGAGGGAUAUACCUAUAACUAUUACGAAGAUAUCACUCCAAAGAGAGUUGUCGAAAUCGUGGAGGCCCUGAGAAGAGGGGAGAAGCCACCUCGUGGCACACAAAACGCAGCUCGCAUAAACUCCGGACCAGAAGGUGGGAACACUACAUUGUUAGGUGAGCCUAAGCCGCCUCCAUGCCGGGACCUUGAUGCCUGCUGAACGACGUGAUUUUGACAUUAUUGUUCCAUAGAAUGACGAGAAGUGAUUGGAAAGCAUCUGUAAGCUGUCGAUCUCCUAAAAUGAAUUAUGAUGCAUCUGCCAAAGCCUUGAAAAGCACUGUAAACUUAGAAAUGCUUGAAAUAAUGGCGUGAUCUCUGGCAGCAUCGGUGUUUGUUUGUCUAUCAACGAGACUAUGAAAAAGCGAAUUGUUCGUCUAUCAAUGAGACUAUGAAAAAGUGAGUUGUUCUGUGAGUA